CGCCCCGCGCGCCGUCCCUGCGCCCCGCUCCGCCCGCACCACGCUGCCCGCGCCGCGCCUCGGGCGUCCAGUGCGCGCCCCUCGCACCGCAGCGAGCGCCGCCCUCGGCAGCCCAGCCCCUGUUUCCCUCCUCCUCCUUUUUCGCUGCCGCCGCCGCCGCCGCUACUGCUGGACACGCAGCCGCAGGCCGGGGCCGGGACGCAGCUGGGGAAUCAGGGACGCGCGCAGCCAGCCCUUCCCCCUUCAGGCACCCGCACCGCCGGCCGCCUCCCCUCGCCCUUCUCUUCUUCGCUUCUUCCUCCUCCUCUCUCAGCCCGGCAGCCAGCACCAUGUCCGCAGGGGGAGAUUUUGGGAACCCACUGAGAAAAUUCAAGUUGGUGUUCCUGGGAGAACAGAGCGUCGGGAAGACGUCUCUGAUCACAAGGUUCAUGUACGACAGCUUCGACAACACAUACCAGGCAACCAUUGGGAUUGACUUUUUGUCAAAAACCAUGUACUUGGAGGAUCGUACGGUGCGGCUGCAGCUCUGGGACACAGCCGGCCAGGAGCGGUUCCGCAGCCUGAUCCCCAGCUACAUCCGUGACUCCACAGUGGCCGUGGUGGUGUACGACAUCACAAAUCUCAACUCCUUCCAACAGACCUCUAAGUGGAUUGAUGAUGUCAGGACAGAGAGGGGCAGUGACGUCAUCAUCAUGCUUGUGGGCAACAAGACCGACCUGGCCGAUAAGAGGCAGAUCACCAUUGAGGAAGGGGAACAGCGCGCCAAAGAGCUAAGUGUCAUGUUCAUCGAAACCAGUGCAAAGACCGGCUACAAUGUGAAGCAGCUCUUCCGACGUGUGGCAUCAGCUCUGCCCGGAAUGGAGAAUGUCCAGGAGAAAAGCAAAGAAGGGAUGAUCGACAUCAAGCUGGACAAGCCCCAGGAGCCCCCGGCCAGCGAGGGUGGAUGCUCCUGCUAAUACAGAGCCCGACCGGCUGGCUUCCUUUGAAACUACUCGCUUGUUGUGUCGCUUCCUAUUGGUUAGCUUCCUAAAGGGGUGGGAAAUGAGUUUAUCAAGGUGGGAGGAUUUUUCUUUUCUCUCUGUCUCUAGGAGUAGGGUGGGGUGGGAGGGAGGCUGGGCGUCAGGGAUGAUGUCACUCUUAACAGCUGUUACUUAAACAACUAUUUUUUGGUUUGGUUGUAAUAUAUUGUACUUUAUUAAGAUUGCCAAAAACUGUUAAAAUU